UCCUCCCCUCCCUUAUCCCUUCCCCAACCUCUCGCCAAUUCUCCCAAUCCCCAAAAACCCCCAUCGCUCACACACUAGAAUCCACCACCCCCUUACCUUCCUUCCUAGGGUUUCGCAAACCCUCCAGUCAGCGUCGUCCUCCCCCUCGCUAUAGCUUUCGCUCUCUAUCGGCAAUGGCGACCACGACCUUCCCCACCUCGACCCCCUUCUUCGCCCACAACGGCCGCAGGAGCCGUCCCGCCUCUUGCGUCUCCGCUCGCACCGCGGCCGCGGUCUACGGCCACCGCACCGGGGGCCGGCGGUGGCGUCCGCUGCGGGUGACGUGCGAGAAGGUAGUGGGCAUCGACCUGGGCACCACCAACUCUGCGGUGGCAGCCAUGGAGGGCGGCAAGCCCACGAUCGUCACCAACGCCGAGGGCGCGCGGACGACGCCCUCCGUCGUCGCCUACACCAAGGCUGGCGACCGGCUCGUGGGCCAGAUCGCCAAGCGGCAGGCCGUCGUCAACCCGGAGAACACCUUCUUCUCCGUCAAGCGUUUCAUCGGCCGCAAGAUGAACGAGGUCGAUGAGGAGUCCAAGCAGGUAUCGUACCGCGUCAUCAGGGAUGACAACGGGAACGUCAAGCUCGACUGCCCCGCGAUUGGCAAGCAGUUCGCCGCAGAGGAGAUCUCCGCCCAGGUGCUGAGAAAGCUGGUGGAUGAUGCAUCAAAAUUCUUGAAUGACAAGGUGACAAAGGCAGUAAUCACAGUCCCUGCGUACUUCAACGACUCACAAAGGACAGCAACAAAAGAUGCUGGCCGCAUUGCUGGGUUGGAGGUUCUGCGUAUUAUAAACGAGCCUACUGCUGCAUCGCUAGCAUACGGUUUUGAGAAAAAGAACAAUGAAACGAUUCUGGUUUUUGACCUCGGAGGUGGCACCUUCGAUGUUUCAGUUCUUGAAGUUGGUGAUGGUGUUUUCGAGGUGCUGUCUACGUCCGGUGACACUCACCUUGGUGGUGAUGACUUCGAUAAGAGAAUUGUCGAUUGGCUGGCUGCAGACUUCAAGAACAACGAGGGUAUUGACUUGCUGAAGGAUAAGCAAGCUCUGCAGCGACUGACAGAAGCAGCUGAGAAAGGAAAGAUGGAGCUAUCGUCCUUGACGCAAACAAAUAUUAGCUUGCCUUUUAUUACAGCUACUGCAGAUGGCCCCAAGCAUAUUGAGACAACUCUUACCAGGGCUAAAUUUGAGGAGCUAUGCUCAGAUCUCCUUGACAGGCUGAGGACCCCUGUGGACAAUUCCCUUCGAGAUGCAAAGUUGUCGUUCAAAGACAUUGAUGAGGUAAUUCUUGUGGGUGGCUCAACCAGAAUCCCAGCUGUCCAGGAGCUUGUAAAGAAAAUGACAGGAAAGGAUCCCAAUGUGACUGUCAACCCUGAUGAGGUUGUUGCACUUGGAGCAGCCGUGCAGGCAGGAGUUCUGUCUGGCGAUGUCAGUGACAUUGUCCUUCUUGAUGUCACCCCUUUGUCCCUUGGUUUGGAGACACUGGGCGGUGUUAUGACCAAGAUUAUCCCAAGGAACACAACGCUGCCUACCUCAAAGUCGGAAGUCUUCUCAACUGCUGCCGACGGCCAGACCAGUGUGGAGAUCAAUGUUCUCCAAGGAGAACGAGAAUUUGUCAGGGAUAACAAGUCUCUUGGUAGCUUCCGGCUCGAUGGAAUUCCUCCUGCCCCACGUGGUGUUCCACAGAUCGAAGUCAAGUUUGACAUUGAUGCUAACGGUAUCCUGUCUGUCACUGCGGUGGACAAGGGCACUGGGAAGAAACAGGACAUUACAAUUACUGGGGCCAGUACGCUGCCGAAGGAUGAGGUGGAGAGGAUGGUUAAUGAAGCUGAGAAGUUUGCAAAGGAGGACAAAGAGAAGAGAGAUGCCAUCGAUACCAAGAACCAAGCUGAGUCAGUCAUCUACCAGACUGAGAAGCAACUUAAGGAGCUCGGCGACAAGGUCCCAGGUGAUGUCAAGGAGAAGGUAGAGACAAAGCUUAAGGACCUCAAGGACGCUGUUGCGGGUGGAGCCACACAGACGAUUAAGGAUGCACUAAGUGCAUUGAACCAGGAAGUCAUGCAGCUUGGGCAGGCACUCUACAGCCAGCAGGGUGCUCCCGGAGCAGGUCCUACCCCAGGUGCUGAUUCUGCCGCUGGAUCGGCUGGUGCAUCUGAGAGGCCUGCAGGUGAUGGCGAUGUCAUUGACGCUGAUUUUACCGACAGCAAAUGAGCAGCAGAAUGCUAGUUAGAUGAAGAAAUUUGCAGGGGCAUCUUCAGUGAUGGAGGCAUUUGUUCCACAAGAUUCUGUAGGAUGUGGGGUGUACUUUUUGUUAGAUUGGCACGUUGUUUACUCUUGUGGAGUUUUGGAUGGACGAGGCGACUUGGGGGAAGUUCAGCUUUAGCUGCCAAACGAAUACAUAGGACUUUUUUUUUUUGUUUUCCUGCUUUCUUUGAGAAAGCAGGCUGCUGCUGCUGCUGCUGUAGUGCUUUAUGCAUAUUCUGGACGGGAAUGGUUAAGUCGACACUGUGACAUUAAUUGGUUA